AUGAGAACACUACCGUCGAACAAUUAUAAGCCUGGAGGACCUUGGAGUCAUCACGGUGGUCUUACCAGAUGGUCAUGGUUGUGUGCAGCUACCGAUAAUAAAAGCCAAAAGUUAGAGGAAAAAUGUCGGGUCUAUGUUACCAGUUGCUGGACCGGAUUGACAAAGAAAUGCACCGGUGAAACCGUACUUACUGUUUUCGGUUAUGAAUAUUUUUCAAAGGUUCUGCGCGUUAAUAUUCUACAGACAGCAAAUAUCGAUUUGAGUUCUGAACAGUUUUUGUGGUAA